GUAAUCAUUUGUCUCGCAGGCAGCUGACGUACAAGGACCUACCCGUCAGACUCUCUCUCUCUCUCUCACUCCUCAUCUUUUCGAGCUUACGAGAGACAGCUCUCAGAAGCCGAAGGUGGCAAAUUUUAACAAGUUUCGCAAGAUUUUCGCCCGGCUUUGUCAAAACAUUGAAUAUUGAUCUCCGUCAUCAAAUUUCAUUCGGGACAAUUCUACGUCAUCUUUUUGAGGCAUGUUGAUGGUUUCUAUCUUGGAAAGACCUUGUGGAUUACGUUCCUCCCACAUACCAUGAUCAAAGGUAGGAAUAAGGAAGGACUGUGCUCGAAAAGCUGCCGGUAGUGAUUGAGGAUACAGCACUGAUUUUUGACUCUUGGACAGGUAGGAGACGGCAGUUCUGUUGACAAAGAACCUGCUUUUUUUUACCAACCCACAAAGAAGGAGGGAAGCAUAAAUACAGAAAAGCUUCGUCAAUUUCAUCCCAUCGGCGUGAUGACGAAGAUCAUUCUGUCCCAUGAACUAUAGCUGUUGGCUUUGAUUAUUAAAAAGCAAAAUGGAAACGUGUACGAACUCCUUAUCGAGUAACUCUCCGUCUGCCAGCCCUUGCAAGAACAUGACGUCGAAUCGGAGAUCGCAGACGUCUUGGAAGAUAAGUCGACGCUUCUCUCGUCUCCUAUGUCGACCGUCUAUGACGAUACUAUCAAACGCCUUAAUCUUACUUUGGACUUUUGUUGGAAUUUUAUCACCAUCCUUCACGAGAGCACAAGAUACAACGUGGAUAAAUCUAGGACUGGACACGAGAGUCCAGCAAUUCGAUGCCUUCCGGAACCCAGAGCUGUUCAUCCUGGGCACCCAACCCCUGUGCAGUGAGUUACUUGGUCUGUCCCCGGGUCAGCAGAAGCUAUGCCAGCUCUACCAGGACCACAUGGCACCCAUUGGUGAGGGCGCUAAGAUGAGCAUCGACGAGUGCCAGAACCAGUUCACCAACAGAAGGUGGAACUGCAGCACGGUCGACAGCAAUAAUGUCUUUGGAAAGGUGCUCAGCAUAUCGAGUCGUGAGGCGGCGUUCACCUACGCGAUCACGUCAGCGGGCGUGGUCAAUGCUAUCAGUCGUUCCUGCAGAGAGGGACAGCUCUCAACAUGCGGGUGUGGCAAGUCGCCCCGCCCACCCGACAUCCCUCGGGACUGGGUGUGGGGAGGAUGCGGCGACAACAUCGACUACGGCUUCCGUUUCGCCAGGGAGUUCGUCGACGCCCGUGAGAUGGAGACGAACCCUCAACGAGGAAGCUUCGCCUACGAUCGGAUGAAGAUGAACUUGCAUAAUAAUGAAGCUGGUAGAAAGGCGGUUUACGAUAACGCGGGAACCGAAUGCAAGUGCCACGGUGUGUCCGGAUCGUGCAGUCUGAAGACAUGCUGGUUACAGCUGAGUCCUUUCAACCGUGUCGGCACCAUUCUCAAGGACAAGUACGACGGCGCCACCAACGUCCGCGUCAACAAGAAAGGCAGGCUGGUGAACAGCGAUGCCCGUUUCAACAAGCCAACCCGUGAUGACCUGGUGUACCUUCAGCCGUCACCAGACUACUGUCUUCCUGACAUACAGACUGGUUCAUUGGGCACGACGGGUCGCGAGUGUAACAAGACAUCCAUGGGAACCGAUGGAUGCACGUUGAUGUGCUGUGGAAGAGGCUACAACUCCUUCACGAAGGAGGUCGUCGAAAGAUGCAAAUGCAAAUUCAAGUGGUGCUGCUACGUCAAGUGUCGGAAGUGCAGAACAUUGGUUGAUGUACAUGUUUGUAAAUAGAACAGAACAUUUUGCACAAAACUAGUACUUUUGUGGACGUAUUUAUAAUGUGACAAUGCACCAGUUAGAGGUCAUCCUACAGUUUCAUCCUACAGAUUCUGCCAUGCAGCGUCAUAAGCCAGAGUGGAACUGCAACAUAGAUGACGCUCAAUCUUCUUCCUUGUCCAGAUAUCCUUAAGCUUCAAGAGUGUCUUCGGGAGUGUUUUCCUGAAUACGUCUAUGUCUACAUCUACGGUAGACGUCUUUAGAUGGAGACUCCUGUCAUUUCAAAAGCAAGAGAAAUGGGUUAUCAUGUACUUUGUCGUCGGGAAAUGAAAAUCUAUUCUAGAGCCAGAAUGUGUGCAAAGUGUGCCAUUUGAUUGAGUUGGUGGCCGUUAUGGUUUUGCAUUGUUAUGUGUACAGUCUUGUACAGGUUGUAACAUGGUACAUUUAUAAGUUAUUUGAUCUCACUUUGCCGAUGUUUCAAGGAAACAAAGCUGCAAAAUGUUGGAGAUGGUCUUAGUCUGAUUUACAGAAAACCGUAGGUAUAGUAAAGUGAUCGGAUGCCGUAUGAAUUACGAAAAUUGUAUUUGGAUAAUUCAUAAUGUUCAUAAUUUAUCGGCAACAUAAUGUUACACCAACUAUUGUAAAUCGUAUCAGGGUGAAUCAUGAAUAUUUUACGUGAUGAAGAUGAAAAAUCACGAGGUAUUACACGAGGCUGUAACCUUGUUCGCGGUAGGCCUUCGCAUGACCUUAACGGGAAAGAAGUUAGAACACUAUAGGAAGUCACCUACUUGUUUCAAAGACAGACUGUUACGAACAAGUUAGCCUCUGUCAGUCAAGGUGUACCAUGUCCCGUUACAAACGUGCUGUAAUCAUGGAACCAAUGGUCAAGAUAUUGGUAGUUGUUCUUGGUGACCAUUUGAAAAUUAGUUGGAUAUUACACCAAUGCACAAAGGGAACGUGAACCUCAUACACACAUAUAGCAUUCGAUGACGUUGACUGCCGAGCGGAUGUUUCCUUUGAAAUAAUGUUGAAUGAUCAUCAAAACGAACUGAAAUGGCGCCCUGUACAGACUAUGCGAUGAAAUGACGGACGAGAAUUCGAGAUGCGCCUGAUGAAAAUUUAAAAAUGUAUUUAAUAUUAAUUAUAAUCAUAAUAUGGACUUGUGGCUACCAGAAGCGUGAUGAAAUUAAUUGAACCUUAUGCACAGUUUUUGUGACAACCUGACCGGAAGAUAUGUUUUGGGGGACUAACACGAGAGACAAUAACAUCACGUUUGGUAGUAGGUAAAUAUAUAUCUCGGGAUAGCGACAUACAAUAUUGAGGGUGUGUUAUCCGGUAAUAAUAUUGGAAUUCCACAAACAAUUAUUGGAAAUGUAGUUUUUGUAGCUAUAAGACAGGGUCCACAUCCAAAUUGGAACUAAUUAUAAGACAUAUAACAGUUUGAGAAAUUGCAGUAUACCUUAAAAUCACUAGUUACAUUAUCCAUAAGAGAUACUUGCAAUGGAAAAGUUGUCUAGAACAUCGUUCUUGACUUGUAAAGCUCUUUAAAAAAAUAAUACACUUUGUAAAGGAAUACCUUUAUGGUUACUAAAGAGUAACACAUAAACCCACAGUACGGAAAACUUCCUUUGAUCACAGUACUAUGAUGAAAUCACCAUUUCCACCGAGGAUGUACAAAAAUCACCUACGUAAAUUAUUGGAAACUCAGUCUCGAAAAUAAGAAUGGUAAAACUUAGUACGUCUCAUAAUUGCAGCAGUGA